CUUCCACCGGAAGGAUUUCGAAGUUGCACAACAAUGAGCGUUACAUGACCGAAAGCGCUUGGUUGGAUUAAAUAAAGAUUGCUGUGUGAAAUAARAUCGCAUUUUGUUCAAAAUGUUGCGAACAACAGGGAAAGUUUUCAGCAGCUUCACACGAAUAAGGAGCCCAGGAAGAUUUAUUAAAAACACGUCAACGACCGUGAGUGUGCGGACUGUGGUCCUGAGCCCUCUGCUGUCGGCCAAAGUCCCCYCAGAGGAUGAAGAGGCAGUUGUGGAUGAGCCCAUCAAGUUCUCCACCAGUAAGGUCAGCCACAGAACCUGGAAAGUCAACCAUUCCAUGGGAAGCCAGUACGAGCGGCCCUGGUGGAAAGUUGUCCCCAUCAUGACAUUUGGCGUGGCCUUCAUCCUCUGGUGCUUUCUGAGAAAAGAGACGGAAAUUGAUGAAAUGCUGAAAAAGGAGCUGUUUGAACACUUACCUGGCCUGCUACCAGAGAAAGACGCAGAGAAAGACAGGGAAAAGUGAGGGCCUUACAUAUCACCAACCUGCCAGACUCUUGUGACUGACCCGUGUUGCUACAAAAUUUAUUUUGAAUUGAAGCUUGUGUAUUUCAGUAAUGUGGAAUUAAAUGCUUUUACAUUUUAAACUUCAAAAAGAUAAUACCUUUCCUUUGCUCACAUUUACACAAGGUUCUUAUAUCUUAUCAUUUAUUUACUGGCUUUUAUUUUGAAGCCAUUUUAUCUCAGAGUAAAACAAAAAAUUAAAAAGAAAAACACCACCCAUAUUUUUGAGGUAGCAGAAAGUUUAUUUACAGCACAGGACAUCCUAUAGCAUGCAAACACAGGUUUGCAGGUACUAAUAUUUGCAAACCUGAGAAGAAAGAAAGACUUAAUGCUUCUACAGGAAUAUGAGAAAAGUGAAAGAAAUGAGUACAAAAACAUGCUUUGUUCUACAAAUCACAUGGGCACACAUGCUGGUAUUUUUAAGAUUUACCAAAAAAAAAAAAAAAA